AUGUUACCAACUGUUAAUUUCCCCCCAUCCAACUCCUCCGAUCAUAGGGAUAACCCAGAUAUAUCAGUCAAAUCCAAUACAUUUGAUGAACAAAAUAACUCAAAAUUACCUUUAUCUGCCCCUCAAAGUGUUAUAGGCGCUACAGAUUACAAUCCUAGCUCGUUGAAUUUUUCACAUUCAUUACCAGGUUCAUGCAAUUUUAAAUUGGUCGCUACUACAGGUGUUGUUGUUAAAAAAAAAGAUUUACGCUCAACAAUUUUAGAUGAUAGUCAAAGUUCAAUCAUCAAUUUAGAGCAAGACUACGAGAGUGAUUCCCAUGAUAUAAAUCGAGAUUGUUAUGACAAAAAAUUGGGUUCAUCUUCCAUCAAGAAAGAAAUAAUAUCAAGUUCAUCAUUAGAAAUUGAACGCUACAAUAAAUCGACCUUGAAUAUCUCAAAUGUUUCAGGAACUUUGAAAAAUGAGACAGAUAUAUUAGAACAACCAUUAAACCACCUUAAAUUAGAAAAUUCUGAUCUGGAGAACAACAAUGAUUUGAGCUAUUUGUCAGAUUAUUUUCAUGGUUAUCACCAUGCAACAUGGUACGUAUCGAACGCUAAACAAACUGCUAGCUACUUUGUUAAUUGUUUUGGAUUCGAAGUCAUUGCAUACAAAGGUUUAGAAACCAAGUCUAAAACUUUAGCUGCUCAUGUCGUUAGAAAUGGUCACGUUACUUUUGAGUUUGUUUCUCCAUUAUCUCCUGCUUCCAAAUCAGGGGACAAAGAAGAGAACAAAAUAUUAGCUGAAAUCCAUGAAUUCAUCAAAAAGCAUGGUGAUGCAGUGAAAGAUAUUUCCUUCAGUGUUACAAAUAUCGACAGGAUUUAUGCAAAUGCAAUAAAACAGAAUGCGAGAGGGAUCCAAAAGCCAACAACCUACACUGAUGAAAACGGUGCAGUUAGAAUUGCAAUUAUCGAAGUAUUUGAAGAUGUUCGCCAUACUUUGAUUGAUACUUCUCAAGGUUAUAAAGGUGAUUUCCUCCCAGGAUAUGAGCCAAAGAAUAGUUCAAAAAACAACACAACAUCCUUAUAUUAUCCAAUAAAAUUCGAAAAAAUUGAUCAUUGUGUCCAAAAUGAGGACUGGAAUAAUCUUGAUAUAGCCUGUGAUACAUACUCCAAGAUUUUUGGAUUUCAUAGAUUUUGGUCUGUUGAUGAAAAUCAAGUCUCAACGGAAUAUUCUGCUUUACGCUCAAUUGUUAUGGCUUCAAAAAAUGAAGAAGUGAAAAUGCCAAUCAAUGAACCCGCAUUUGGUGUUUGUAAAUCUCAAAUUGAAGAGUUUAUUGAGUUUCAUGAUGGUUCAGGAGUACAACACAUUGCACUUUCAACUUUAAACAUCAUAGAAACUGUUUCAAACUUAAAGGCUAGAGGUGCUGAGUUCAUCAAAGUCCCCCCAGCUUAUUAUGAUAAACUUUCAUCAAGACUUGAGAAAGUCGGGUUAAAACUCAAUGAACAAUUAUUUGAAUUAAAAAAACUAGGAAUUUUGGUUGAUUUCGAUGAAAAGGGAUACUUGUUGCAAUUAUUCACUAAGCCAUUGAGUGAUAGACCAACGUUCUUUUUAGAAAUAAUUCAAAGAAACAAUCAUAAUGGUUUUGGUGCUGGUAAUUUUAAGGCUUUGUUUGAGACCAUUGAGAGUGAGCAACGACUCCGCGGAACUUUGGAAAAGUAG